AUGUUUGCCAGUUCCCGCGCUCUGAUGUCCCUUGGCAUCAGCCAGGCGUGUCGUGUCAUGGGGCUCGCCGCACCGCCUGUGGACAAGCGGACGUUGAAGCGGCGCUACAUUGAGUUGGCAAAGAAGCACCACCCCGAUCAAAGCGGCCCGGCGGCGUCGACGGAUCGCAUGGCAAGCAUCACCGAAGCUUACAGGACUCUACAGCAGCUGUUGGCCGACGGACGGCAAGGGCGAGGCUCACCGCGUGCACGGCAACACGACGGCGCCACCAGUAGCAGCGGCCAAGACGACAUGCAUGUGGAGGCAGCGGCGUUUGUCGCCCCUGGCGUGGCCCUGAGCACGUCUGGAUGGACUUUGCCUUGGCAACGCGGCCGCACAACGUCGUCGCGCCGGGAACAGGAACGGAAACUGUGCGAGGACGCGUCCUCGAUCUUUGAUUUCUUGCGGCGCAUUCGGGCAAUGGAGCGGGAAGAGGCGGUUCAUGCAGAGCGUGUGAGGUCUGAGCUGAAGUCCUCCGAGGGGUCCCACGGCUUUACGGUUGAGCACUUUGAGGAACUUCGGCGGAUGCAGCAACAGCGUGCGCCGUGGGCCCGACAACGCCGCUCCCGUCUCCGCCUCAUAUGGAAGUAUCAGCGGGAGCGGCUCGCACGGGCCCCAAAGCGCUGCUGGGACGCCGCUCGAUAUGUCUUCCUUGGGCAGUGA